AUGAUCCAAGCAACAAUCAUAUUGGAGGAGAUGAUUAAGACAGAUUAUUUAAGGAAUGAGUGGUGGAACUGGUCAUCAUUUUCUGCUGCUGCCAAGACUUCGACAGUUGCUUCUCUUGCUCUACGUAUAUAUUCCCUUGAUGGUGCGAUUGUGUAUGAGAAGACCAUGCCCAAGUUAGAUUCAACCAACAGUUUGAAGCCUGUGGGUAUACUGGACAAGAAGUCGGUGCCUGAUUUGGAAGCGGGAAGUCUAACAAGAUCAGAAAGGAACUAG